AUGAUCGCGCGGCGGACCUCGUUGGAAGGGGGGUGGGGGAUUGGCCUCCGCUACGAUUGGGGGGCGCGCGCGUUAGCGGUGGCGUCGUUUCCAACGUUUCCCGCAACCGAUCCUCGCGCGCAGCAUCGUUUUGUCCGACGCUACCACAGCCGCCCGGUGUGGUAUCUGAAAGAGGUGAACGGCGCGGAUGCGUCGAAUCUGAAAUCGGUGAUGGAGGUGCUUUCGCGCACCCUCACGGCGCGAUUUGUGUUUCGGCGAGUCUGA